GCGCCCAUUGACUGAUAUUAGUUUUCAACCACUAUCAAUUCUGCUAGAUAAAACAUCCAUUAAUGUAUUCAAAAUGGGGUUUUCAUCAAAUGAGGAAUGGCAUAGAGCAGUGGGCAGUUUUGUUGAAAAUACUCCCACAGCAGUUUGGCAACAUAUUGGAAUUUUAUCCAAGUAUACUGGUGAUCAACUAUUUGGUUUGACAAAUUCUAAUAUACAGAGAAUUUUAUCUAAUAAUAAACCUCUUAUAUGUAUACCUUCUGAUUGGGCCAAUUUAGAAAGUGAAGUAAUUGAAUUAUAUACAAAAUUAUCAGAAAUAUAUCCACCAGGACAUAAUUUAAAUCAUAUGUAA